AUAAUCAUUUUGAAAGGGGCCAGAACUGAAUGAAUAUCUGCUGGGAUUCAGUGUGUGCAACUAGACCAUGGAGAAUGGAUCAGUGGUGACGUCAUUCAUAUUGAAGCCAUACACUGAACUGGAAGACCAUAGAUAUCUAUACUUUCCAGGUUUCCUGUUAUUGUUCAUCCUUAUGCUAAUGACAAAUAUAAUUCUUCUUACAGUAAUUUAUAUUGAAAAAAGUCUCCAUGAACCCAUGUAUUUUUUAAUGUGUAACUUAUCUGUGAAUGGGAUUUAUGGCACUAUAUCUUUAUUACCAUCAGUCCUUGGCAAUUUAAUGUCUCGUACUUAUGAAAUAUCUCUGGCUGCUUGUUUUUUACAGGUCAUUUGUAUACACACAUAUGGUUCAGUUGAAUUUAAUACUUUAGCAGUGAUGGGCUAUGACCGAUAUGUUGCCAUUUGUCAUCCAUUACACUAUCACCAAUUAAUGUCUCAUAGAAAAGUAUGCACCCUUAUUGCAUUGUCCUGGAUUUAUCCUUUCAUUAUAUUUGGGCUGUAUUUUAUAUUAACUCUACUGUAUACAUUUUGUGGCAGGAUAAUAGAAAAGGUGUAUUGUGUUAACUUUGAAUUAGUGAAACUGUCUUGUUUUGAAAUUUCUUUCCACAGCAAAGUUGGCUUUGUUGUAUCUGUUUUUUUAAUUGUUCCACAGCUGCUCAUGAUACUAUAUUCAUAUGCGCAAAUACUCAGAAUCUGCCUGUCUGCUUCAAAGGAGUCUCAGGCCAAAGCUAUUCAAACGUGCACCCCACACUUACUGGCUGUGAUUAACUAUGCAGUGGGAGCCUUUUUUGAUAUUAUCCAGAGUCGUUUCAACAUGAGUCAUGUACCAUAUAAAGCUCGCAUAUUUCUUGCCCUUUACUUUCUGAUAUUUCCCCCAUUGCUUAAUCCUGUAAUUUAUGGAAUUAGCAUUCAAGCUAUCAGGAUUCAGAUUUUCAAACUGUUCAUUACUUGUAAAAAUUACACAUGUUUAAGCCAAUAAUGAGCUCAAAUGGAGUUCCACUUGGUGACAGGCUCAAUGAAACUUCUGGACACUGGUUGCUUUGCAAGAGGACAAGAAAACUAUUAUUUCUGCCUGUUGAAUUCAAUCCCUUUUUUUUACCAUUCUGCUCAACUAAACUACUUAAGUUGUUGUGGGAAGUAACAUAAAUAAUAAAAACACGGCCUUUUAAAGUUUAGACGACCACACAUUCAUGUAACAACCCAUAGAAACAUUUUUUAUGUUGUAGUGUAGUGCUCAUUAUCUAGGGCUCACAAAGAUCAUGUCUGCAGUGUGGUAGAAAGCAUUUUAACUGUUGUAAUAAUUUAAAAAAGAGAGUUACCAGAUCCAUAAAAAUAUCUGAAUGGCUUCUAUGCUGAUACCAGCCUAAAAUCAGCUGGUAUUAGGGCUUUAUUUGUCCCAAAUACUAUUUGUUAUCUCUUCAAAUCACAGUGCUAACCUCAUUUUAAGAUUGCGAAUCACUCCGAAAUGCAACGCGGCAUGACGUCCAGUACAAUGCAGAAUGGCGGAAGCUGUCCUUAUGAGGAAAUAUUACACUCUGCUGCCCCCUGCUGUCAGAAACCUGCAUGCAUUUCCCUCUGGCCGGCAGAACAUCUGCCGCAGAGGCAAAUGCGUCAACUGGAACCAGUGACCACUGUACACCAAUCACUUUAACAUAUAAAGAAUUUAUAAAGAUGGAUAUUUACUAAAGUAAGUCUGAUCAAGUUCCUUGCUCAAGGGUAUGAUGACAGUUCCCCACCUGGGAAUCAAACCAACAGGCUUGGUGUGAUAGUCUCCUCUUUAUUUAUGCUUUCUGUGAUUACGAUUUUUUAAAUUAUCUAAAAUUGUGGAGUACGGAGCCAAAUCAA